AUGAUACGUUCGUUAUUUGCAGUCAUAACUGAAAUCUAUUACGAAGCUAAACUAUUCGUUGGUAUGUAUGUAUGUAUCUAUCUCAGCUUUUUUCAUUAUCUAUCUAUCUAUCUAUCUAUCUAUCUAUCUAUCUCAGUCUUUUCAUUAUCUAUCUCAGUCUUUUCAUUAUCUAUGCCUUUUCAUUAUCUAUCUAUCUAUCUAUCUAUCUAUCUAUCUCAGUCUUUUCAUUAUCUAUCUAUCUAUCUAUCUAGAACGAGGACGAUAAUUGCUUGUACGUAUCACGCCACAAAACUAUCUAUCUAUCUAUCUAUCUAUCUAUCUAUCUAUCUAUCUAUCUAUCUAUCUAUCUAUCUAUCUCAUUCUGUUCUUAUCUAUCUAUCUAUCUAUCUAUCUAUCUAUCUAUCUAUCUAUCUCCUUCUCUAUUUCUAUCGGUAUUGUUGUAUCCAUCUCUCUCUCUCUCUCUCUCUCUCUCUGUCUAUAUUAGCUAUCUCUCUUUCUAUUUUAUAUCUAUCUUACACAUUCUGUCUCUGUAUACCUUUAUCUAUCUAUGAAUCACAUUUCAAGCCUGACCCCACUAAACUUAAGAUAGAACUCUGUAUUCUUACUUAUUUCUCUUUCUCUUUCUUUCUCUUUCUUUCUUUCUUUUUUCACUUUUUCUUCUUUCUUUCUUUCUUUCUUUUUUCUUUCUUUCUUUUUUAUUGCACUUUCUUUUUUUUGUCCUUUCUUUCUUCUUUCUUUUUUCUUUUUUCUUUCGUUAUUCUUUUCUUUUUUCUUUAUUGCUUUAUCUUUCUUUUUUCUUUGUCCUUUCUUUAUUCUUUUUCUUUCUUUUUUCUUUCUUUUACCUUUUUCCUUCUUUCUUUCUUUUUCUUUCUUUCUUUUUUCUUUCUUUUACCUUUUCCUUCUUUCUUUUUUCUUUCUUUUUUCUUUCUUUCUUUUUUCUUUCUUUUUUCUUUCUUUCUUUUCUUUCUUCUUUCUUUCUUUUUCUUUAUUACUUCACUUAUUUUUCUAUCUCAAUUACUGGCUCCUUUUCUUUCUUUCUUUCUUUCUUUUUUCUUUAUCGCUUUUUCUUUCUUUCUUUUCCCUUUGUACUUUCUUUCUUCUUUAUCUUUCUUUUUUCUUUUUCUUUUUCCUUCUUUCUUUCUUUCUUUCUUUCUCAGUCUAUUCAUAUCUGACUAUCUCUUUUCACAUCCAUUUCCCACUGUAUGUCUCUCAAGCUCUUCCUUUCUCUCUAUGCAUCAUCUAUUUUUUUUAACUCUUUUCUCUCCCUCUCUCUUUGUUUAUAUCUAUCUCACUGUUUCUCUCUUUAUAAACAUCUAUCGCUUUUUGCUUUCUUCUUUUCUUUCUUUCUUUCUUUCGUUGUUUAUUGCUUUUUCUUUGUCCUUUCUUCUUUUUAUUUCUUUUUUCUUUCUUCCUUUCUUUCUUUCUUCCUUUUUUCCCUUUUUCUUCUUACUUUCUUUCUUUUUUGUUUGUUUCUUUUUUAUUGCACUUUCUUUUUUGUCCUUUCUUUUUUUCUAUCUCUUUCUUUUUUCUUUCGUUAUUCUUUUCUUUUUUCUUUAUUGCUUUAUCUUUCUUUUUUCUUUGUCCUUUCUUUAUUCUUUUUCUUUUUUUCUUUCUUUUACCUUUUUCCUUCUUUCUUCCUUUUUCUUUCUUUUACCUUAUUCCUACUUUCUUUUUCUUUCUUUUACCUUAUUCCUACUUUCUUUCUUUUUCUUUCUUUCUUUCUUUUUCUUUCUUUCUUUCUUUUUUCUUUCUUUUACCUUAUACCUACUUUCUUUUUCUUUCUUUUACCAUAUUCCUACUUUCUUUCUUUUUCUUUCUUUCUUUCUUUUUUCUUUCUUUUACCUUUUCCUUCUUUCUUUCUUUUUUCUUUCUUUUACCUUAUUCCUACUUUCUUUUUCUUUCUUUUACCUUAUUCCUACUUUCUUUCUUUUUCUUUCUUUCUUUCUUUUUUCUUUCUUUUACCUUUUCCUUGUUUCUUUCUUUUUCUUUCGUUUACCUUAUUCCUACUUUUUUCUUUUUCUUUCUUUCUUUUUUCUUUUACCUUUUCUUUUUUCUUUCUUUCUUUCUUUCUUUUAUUCCUACUUUUUUUUUCUUUUUUUUUUAUUCCUUUCUUUCUUUUUCUUUCUUUCUUUCUUUUUUCUUUCUUUUACCUUUUUCCUUUUUUCGUUCUUUUUCUUUCUUUCUUUUUUCUUUCUUUUACCUUUUCCUUCUUUCUUUCUUUCUUUCUUUCUUUUUCACAUAGUUUAUAUCUAUUUAUCUAUCUAUAUCAAUUUACUCCUAUCUAUUACUGGGCGUGAUCAUUUGGCCUUCCCCUCUCCCUCAAUCUACCCCCCGCCUCUUUUCCUAUCUCUCUAUUUGUCUAUCUCGGUCUCUUCACAUCUCUCAGUAGAUGUGAUCAUUUGGCUGUAA